ACGAUCUUGUGUGAUGUGUUGCUAGCUUCUCACUACUCGUCUUACACACAAAUCAGUUGUUGUUUAGAUAGUGUAAGCGUGUUUCCUUAAUAGUUUUGAUACAACCUUAUAUGACUCUCAUCAACUACGUUGCUUCAAAAAAAAACUGAGAGUAAAGGUAAUUAAAACAAUGAGUAAAGCCAUCACAUGAUUUGAAAAGAGCAUCGAUUUUCGGUGAACAAAAUUAGUCAAGAGUUUAUUGUGUUCUCAAAAUAACUUUUUUGGUUUUUCUUUCGAAAAUAUAUCAAAUUUUCUACAACUAAAUAGUGCUUCGUUUGAAAUAUUCAAUAAAAAUAAAACUACUACGAAACUCAUCGAUCUGUAAGGGAGCAGCAUAAGAUAUAAAAAAAAACUAGAUCUCGCAUUAACGGAAAAGUUUUAGAUUAUAUACAUUUAUUGUGACAAAAGUGACAUGCGUACACGAAGUAAUAAUGAGUCGCUGGAAAGUUCGAAAUACAAGUUUAGACGAUCAUUGUCAUGUAUAUAAAUUAAAUGAUGAGAAUGUCAUAUAUGUAUAAUAGAGUCGAUAGGCUGAAUUACCCAGUCAGUUAAAAUCUUGUUAAGAGCUGAUAACCUUACAGUAAUAAGUAGUAAAGAGGAGGGGGGAGAAAUAAAUCCAGAGGAAAGAUAGAAAAUAAGUGAGGACAAGAGUAUCAGUCUGUUCUUCUUGUAACUCGAAAGGAAGAAGCAGCAGAAGAGAGAAAAGAAUCGGAGAAGAAAACGAGCUAACUCGAAGGAGUGAAACAAUAGAAGAAGGAAAAAUUUAUUAAUCAUGGAGAAAUCAUUAUUAUCCGUUAAACCAACUCUAGUCAGACGUGUUUCCGAUUUAUUCAAAGACGGAAACAACAAUGGCUCACAGCUACUUUUUAACAAUACAUCAAUGCAGAAACUUCGACAUUGUUGUCAAAAUCUUGGGCAUUUUCCAUAUUUAUUCCAUUCAUUCAGCAAUUCAAAGUCUUCAAAUGGCCAUAGACUGCAUUUAAAUUUACUAAUUGAUCGUAUUUGUGAAAGAAUUUUCACUCUUUACACAAAUAACUUACGGCAAGCAAUUAGUUGUCGUUUUUCUACCGAAUCCCACCAAAAAUCAAGUGUCAGCCAAACGGCAAAUGAUGAGAAUAGCUGCAAUAAAAUAUUGGAAGUCCAGAAAAUCUGCAGAAACCACUUCCAAGUAAAACAUGAAAAACAAGAAAAUAGUAUCUUAUUAAGGUUAGCAAUAUAUGUAGUGCCAGUAAUUUUAUUGUCACAAUUAAUGGGUCUUAUAAGUCUUAUAUUUAUUGGCAAAUAUACUCCAGGAUUUCUAUUUCUCUUAAGCGCAUUAUUAUUCCUUGGAUAUAUAUCGAUGAAAAUUUUCCUUUAUCAAAAUUUUAUUCUCUAUGAUAAAAAUUUUGGGAAAAGAAAACUCGAAUGAUAAGUUACUAAAUAUAUCAGUUAGUUAUAAACUUUGGUCUUAAUUGGAAAACAAUUAGAAGUUAUAAAAACAUUUCUUAUCUAAGCUCUCUGUAUUUUCAUGAUAAAAACUUAUCUAUCUCUUAUUCUAAUAUCACCAUAUUUCAAAAGAUCUUCUACUAUAACUUGGUAUAAAAAUAUAAAAAUAAUUAUAGUAGUAGCAUGAAUAAUAGUUAUAGUAUUCAAAGUGAUGAAGUAAUAUAUUAAAUUUAGUUAUCUAACGUAAAGAAAAUUUAAAAAUAUGAUAUUGAGUACAUAUGACAUUAAUUUCGUUUAAAUAUUUUUAUUAUUUACAUAAAUAAAAUUUUGGAAAUAUUUAUACGUUAAGCGUAACAGUUAUUCUACUUAUAAUUUAUAUAAAUUAUUACUUUAAGUCAUAAUUUUUUAUAUAUGAAGGUUUAUGUUAUUUAAAUAAAUUAUUCAAAUAUUUUCGGCUAAAAUCAUAUUUAAUUGUUUACUUGUAAAUUUUGUAAAAUUUAUUAUCAGAAGAGAUAGGUAGCCCCACACAGUAAGAUGAAAGAAUUGUUAUUAAUACUUGAUCUGUGUAGUGUAAGACUGAAAAUAACUUUAAAUAUAUUUGUAAAUAUUUGCAAUACAACAAAAACUUUUAUAAUAAAAUUAUCAAAUUAUUCUUCAAACUAAAAA